UAACUUAGCUGCUGUUGUACUGGCAAUGAAGACGUGUGUCACAGCAGAGAUAUGUAAACUUCCGUAUCUCCGCUCUGUCAGUCAAACUGUUGGCUUGGACCAACAUUUUUCAUGUGAGCUUUUUUCUUUUUCUUUCCUUGUCUUGGAGGACUACUUAUUUAGCUGCUGAUUCCUGUAAAUCUGUAUCCAAUCUGGAUUCGCAUUGGGUGGGAAGGCAGAGAGCAAAGGUUAGUGAAGGAGUCAAACAAAUUACCGGCACGGCAACAUUGUCAGUGCACAUGCAGUUGCUGGAGAUUAGUGCUCUCUCCUGUAUUUCCACUGCAGCGCUAUCAAGAGUGAUUCUAUUUCACUCUAAGGGGGUUGAUGUGUGUAGUUUGUGACACAUGCUCAGUGAAACAAGGCAUGAAGUUAAACAAAUUAGCAUGGCCUCUUGCGUAAUGAACAGGGAUAAAGUUAGAAUGGGACAGACUUCAUUUUUACAUCUAGUUUGUGGGUUUCAGAGGGUUCAACAGAUCCCUUUUCUUUCAUACACCUGAUCCGUUGGAAGGAAUCAUACAUAAAACCCCAUGUACCAUAUUCUGCAUGUUGUUAAAUCUUCCAGAGACUGUCAGUGUUGUAAUGUUUACAUGAGACACCAGUAGUUGUGUACAUGACUGUCGUCUCUACAGGAAAUUUGUGUUGCAAAAAGUAUCAAGGAGGGCAUCAAGGUGAAUGGUUGUGUGUACACAGUUCAGGUUUUAUCUUGUAGCCGUGCUCAAUCUUUCCCAAACCUCAACCAACAAAUCAGAGUUUUGUUAAAUUUGACAACACCCUAAAGUAACCAAAGCUGUUGUCUCAGUUCAGGGGUUGCAUCCUUCGAAAGGGACACCACCCACCGGGCUCAAAACCACCUCCUCUGUGGGCCAUGUAGAGAGAUGGCGUGGUCUAUACAAGUUUUCCGUGAUCAGUGUCACCAGCUUGUCCUACUCUUAUUGCUGUUGCCGAGCACCAGAGCUGAAGUCGGACAGGCCAAGCAGGUUUUAAUUGCCUCUUUUUUUUUUUUUUUGUACAUUGUAAUUUUGGAUGUUCAGUUGUUUUGAAGUCUGAUACUCAGGCACUGUCAGUCGUCUAACGAUGCAGAUCCUGAAUUGAGACACAGCUGCUGUGUAGGAUUGGAAAAAACUAUUAUUUUAUCUCACUCAAGGCUAAGAUGCAGUUCUAAUACUAAACCCCUUAUUCUUCUCAAUUGUUACAAAGUCCAGUCUGUGCUGGUGGCUUUUUCAGUCCCUUUACAAUAAUAGUUGUUGAUGUUUGUCUGUCCCACUAUACAUUUCCUCUACAUUCCUUAGCACUGAAAUAUCUGUGGUUAGGAGCGACUAUGUUUUUAGUGCAAGCUUCCUCAGGUUAUAGAUGAUAAUUAUAGAAGUAUUAUUAAGAUGUCACAGAUGAGGGGUGAGAUGAACAGUUUACACGGGAAUCCAUAACAGGAACAGAAAAUCAGUAUCCGGCUUGCUUUGUGUUGGGUAAGGGGGCAUCCUGAGGUCAGUAGAAGGUUAGUGUCAGUUUAUACAAAUUAACAGCAGCUUUGAUAAAAACAUUCAGAAAGACUUUUAGACAACAUAGUGAUCAAUGCAGAAUUACCUCAUGCGAGCAAACCUGUGUUUACCCCUCUCCUCGUCAUACCUUUGGGCGGAGUGAGAGAUGUAUAAACAUGCAAAUGCAAAUUUGGCACUUAGAAAUAAAAUAUUGCAUUAUGUUUGUUUACUGUUUGUUUUUUGACUAAGGUUAUAGAUCGUAUGCACACCUUGGCCAUUAACCUCUGACAUCAUGCUCAGGGAGGAAGAUCAAAUGUUUUUAAGAACAGUAUCAUGAUGUGUUGCUGUGAUCCAGGUUUAUAAGUCAGGUAAACACAGAUAAACUGACACACUGUUUUGCAUUUCACUGCUUCCUAAAUUAUCAGCAACUGAAAAGACUAAAUCUGGAGGGACAGAGGGCCCUGUUAGACAGCAGCUAUCUUUGGCAACCACCUUCUAACUCACAUCAAUAAUAAUACUGUUACCUGAUAAAGUGGAAACGAUUUUUUAAUCCGGAAAUAACAAUGCGCCUCUGGGACAAAUUCAUACAAGACUAAAAUGCCCUUGAUUCAAGCCUGUGAUCUAAUGCUAAUGCUAAGUCCAGUGGUAAAACAAACAUUUGUGUUGGUGCAAACUGAGCAUUGCACAAAACAUAUAUCACACAAAUCUUAUUGGCUUCACACAAGUGUAUUAUUAGUGGCCCAGGAGGUGCGGGCCCUGGAGCUGUUUUAAAAUGUUGGCUUUAUAGUAAAAGCAUAGUGCUUGUUUUAAAUUGAACUGUAGGAUAUUACAGUGCUUUUAUUUUGAAAAGUUAUUAAUUUGGGUCUGAAGAUUGUUUCGAAUGCUUUAGGCGUCUGAAAUAGCGCAAAUGUAAUGUAUGAAAAAUAAAACCGUGGUUAAGUAAAUCAUUUCAAGUUAUAUACAAGCCACUGUGUAGGUGGGAGAACACCUUCACCGGCACCAGAGGAUCAAUCAGCGCAGGUGAGAGCUGUAAGCUGAUACAUCCUCUGGUUUAAAGGCAGCGGCUGAGCUGCCUGAGGGGAGACACGAGGGACAGAGACACGAGAGACACUGAGCUGCAAAGCUGACGGGCCAGCAGGAAGUGCUGUGUGUUUUGAGUUUGAGAGUUUCUAAGUUUCUGUUUUGAGUUAAUGAAGAUGCUGAAAAGCGACACCUUUGUCCCUGGCUGUGUUUGGGAGAGCCCCCUGGCAUUGUCAAAUGUGAACAGUAAGGAAAAAAAUAUAAAAUCUUCAUUGCAGAUAAAACAGGUUUAUUCUGUUCAUAAAAGCAUUCCAUUCCCAGAGCAUUAUGUAAGAGGAAAAUGGCCACCACGUGACUAUGGUCUAUUAAAAAUAUGAUCACAGCAGAAACUGUAGUAUUUGUCAUUGACUACAGCCAAUACUCCUCCAGAAGGAAAGACAAUGCACACACAAAUAUCAAAAAUCCAGACAAUACAUUCAUCAUAUAUGCAUUUAUAUAACUUACUUUAUACUGUAUGUGUUAGGUAUGUGUUGAAUUAAAAAUUUAAAAUCAACUUCCAUUAACCACUGCUGUGAAGAAAGGUUUCUAUUGUUCACAAACAGGUAAUAACUGCACCUUUAAACUGACCCGACUGGAUUCAGCAUUCCUUAAAAACCACCAUCAAUGACGGUUGACAAGAUGUUAUCCCACGGUUUCCUGACACAUCUGAUCUGAACUCUCAUAAAUCAAACUUUCAGAUGUACUUACUUGAUGAUGCUGGGUGGAAUGUGAACGUACUCGGUUGGGAUGAUUUCUCCAAGCUCCCGCAGACUAUUCACACACUUGAUCUUACUGCUGAACUUGGAGCUGUAGAAAAAAUUAGAAAGGUCUGUUUCACUGCUUACGUGAUCUGAUUCAACCACUGUAAUGGGGUGCGUUCGGCCACCGUACAUAUUGUGGCUUCAUUAAAUCCAUGCAGCCCCAUGUAGGAAGCGGGACACACAUGUUAAUUAACCUGGAAACGCCAAAUGGACUUUGUUAUUCUAUGGGGGCCAUUCAGGGUUCAGCCUCUUGCCCAAGGACACUUCUGCAUGCAGAUGGGUCAGACUGGGAAUCGAGCUGCUGACCUUCAGGUUGGAGUACGACCACUCUACCCCUCAGCCACAGCCGCUCAGCUCUUUAAUCCCAUCGGCAAAGCUUCUCUUUGUUUGCAGUUUUUGCAGCGUUUUAUUCUUGAAAACCUGAAGAGUCCAAACCCUGAGAAUAUUUGCAAUUUUAAAAUAAAAAAUAUAAAAAUCAUUCUUGUGAUAUUUAAAGGCUGAUUGCAGGAGCACAUUUCAAGCAGCUUUCAGGCAUUUUUACACUUAAAACAAGUGUGAGGUUAGUUCCUGUGUCAUCCAUUCUUUGAUUUGAUUCAUGGAUACAUGGUUUCAUUUUGCCAAGCACACACAGGACGUUGUGCUUCCUACUAUUGGGUAGACCAGAACAAGUGCAUCCAACCGGUCUGAUCACAUGAUGUAAGGGGAGAGAUACAGGAUGAAGUCAGAGACAUAAAACUCUAAUCUGAUUUGCUGCUGGUAAAGUCACAGGAGCAAGAACAAGCAGAGGAAUUGCCUGGAUCUACAACAGAUGGGAUGUAUCUACAAACAUUUAAACAUUACUCAAUAGAAAACAUAGCUUAGUGUGCAUUAAACCACAGAAUGUAUCAAUAACUGGGACAUCUACCAAAAGUCUUAACUUAUUAAGAAACAGCUCAGUUAAGCAAGUACCAAGGAUAUUGUAAUUUUUCAGGCAAUCAUUAACCAUUUUGGUCAUGUAAUCUUUGAUCUACACAGAAAUUGACUCAGUGACACCAAUUAAAAGGGGAAUGGCAGGUGGAAUACAUCCAUAACUCCCAUUGCAAAAAGACCCAGUAACAGUUACUCCUCUCCCCCAAUGAGGCUACUGAAACAAGGCAGAUUUCGCCUGCUCCUGAAGCUCACCAUUGCACUGGGAUCACUAUGGAUCCUCUCACUACUAACUCGCAGUAAUCCAGGCUGGAAUCCCAGCUCCGUUCUCGGGAACAGCUGGUUGGAGUAUACAGACUCUGAUGAUAGCCCAGAGAAAGUGUGCAACUGCUCAGCUAUCCUGCAGGGAGAGAGGGAGGCACUGGAGCAGGCCAAAUUACUGACCAUCACCAAAGACUUCCACAAGAGUGUUCACAUCCCUGAUGAACAUUACGUGAAUGCAACCGAAGACUGCAGUGCAUUCAAAUUAAGACGAAAAUACUUAACAUCUCCGUUGAGCCAGGAAGAAGAGGACUUUCCCCUGGCAUACUCUAUGGUUGUGCAUCAUAAGGUGCAGAACUUUGAGCGCCUGCUGCGAGCCAUCUACGCACCUCAAAAUAUAUAUUGUGUCCAUGUGGACAAAAAGGCAAAAUCCUCAGUCUUAUUUGCCAUCUGGGCAAUUACUGACUGCUUCCCGAACAUCUUCUUGGUCAGUCAGCCUGUUGAUGUGGUCUAUGCGGCCUGGUCACGUGUCCAGGCUGACCUUAACUGUUUGGCGGAUCUCUAUAACAGCAGCACACAAUGGAAAUACGUCAUCAACCUUUGUGGCCAAGAUUUCCCUCUGAAAACCAACUUGGAGAUUGUAAGGUCACUGCGUUCACUGAGGGGCGGGAACAGCUUAGAGUCAGAAGAAAUACCUGCAGGAAAUCUGUUGAGAGUGAAAAAUGCAUUCGAAGUAAUAGAUGGAACAAACCAGGAUACAGGGAAGGCAAAUGAGCCACCACCCAUCAACAUCACCAUAAUGUCUGGAAGUGCCUACUUUGUUGUCAGCCGGGGCUUCAUCCGCAGUGUGUUGGAGGACCGCCGAGUGCCAGCACUGAGGGAGUGGCUCAAACACACCUACAUUCCCGAUGAAUUGUUCUGGGCAACCAUUCAGCGAAUGCCCGGAGUUCAUGGCUCAACAUGGCCCCACAGAAUAUAUGACAUGUCAGACGUCAAUGCCAUCGCUCGCCUGGUGAAGUGGCAGUUGUACGAGGGGUCGCAGGAUUCACCGGACGCGAGGUACCCAGAGUGUCACGGCAGCCACGUCAGGGGAGUAUGCAUAUAUGGUGCCGGGGACUUACAGUGGAUGCUCAAGCAGCAUCAUCUCUUUGCCAACAAGUUUGACAUAGACACAGACCCCGUUCCUGUCUACUGUUUGGAGAAAUAUCUAAGAAAAAGGGCACUGUCUGGCAUAUAAUAGAUAUUUUUCAUAGCAACUGACAAUGGCAUUCAAUUCAAACCUUUAUCAAUACAGGGAAAGGCCAUGUAGCAGCACGUGAUUUAAUUUCAAGACGUAUUUUAAAUUUGUUUAUAAUUCUAGAGUGAUGAACACAAAUUAAAAUGUUUCAUUAGUGGCACUAUUCAGUUCCAUUCAAUCACGUCUCUCUGCGAUGCACAGAGCAGCCAAAGAUAAUAAUAUUAAUAAUAAUAGUUGUGAAAAGGGGGCUUUCUCCCCCCUUUUCACUAGGCGCUGUCUGCCUAUAUUAGACAUUUGGUCAUUUGAUUAUAAUUGAAAUUUUCAUUAUCAAUUCGAUUAUGUAGAUAAUCUGGUUUGGAGUUGUGUGUUGAAUUAUUUUACAGCAUGUAUGUGUUGACAGUUGAUUUUGUUAUGUCCAUGAUGUGGCUCUGUUUGAUUGUUGUUUUUCCAGAUCUGUGAAUGGGGUCAGAUCAGCAGGUCGAUCAGGGAGAGGUGUGUAGGAUCAGGUCUCUGAGAAAGGAGGGGCUGGAGUUUACAGAGAAUGGAGGACGUGUUCUGCAUUAGAUGACAUUUCAGUCAACCUAUUGCAUUUAUCUGCUGAACUUUUGCAGAUAGGUUGAAUUGAUUGGUCAGCAGUAGCCCAGGGUCCAAACGUGGUCUUGUCCUGAGUGUGGUUUCUCUUUGUCUUUCUGUUUAGCUCACCUUAUACUUACCAGCACAGAUUGCAUGUUCCAGGCAGGUGAGGCUAUAAAGCCAUUCAGUAGUGAGGGGGGGAGACAGGUGUUGGCAGCUUGGUGAGGCUGCAGAUUUUUCUAGUUUGUUUCUCUUUUUCUUUCUCUGGUAUGAUUUAGUAAUUUUUUUUGAAUUUCCCAGGAAUAUUCCUGUCUUUCUGUUGUAGAACGUUGUUUUUAAUAAAAUGCAAAACAUUUUCAUCUA